AUGCAUGAGCUAGCUGCUGGCGAACUUGGGACUCAGCUGAAUGCGGGAUUUCUAGAGGAAGCCUGGCCUUUUGUCGUCUGCCUUCCUCUCUUGGGAAUGUACAAUCAGAAGAAUAGUCGACUUUUUGAAAAUGUGGGAUUUCCCACAUGUAUUGAAGGGUGGUAUCUGCACUUUUUGAGUGAUGCCGAUGCUCGGCUAGCAUUGGCAUUGCUUGACGAGUGGAAGACGUGGUUCGAAUCUAAUGAGCCAGCCAGCACGGACACGUCCGAGGCCGAGCAGCAGCUAGACGUUGACAGGUGUAAUCUCGCUGGGAAGAGGUUCCUCCAGCUGCUCGUCCAGCUUCGUAUAAUCCUCCUUCAAGAUUCAGUCUUCCUCCAAGAGAAGUUUCCGACCCACCCGCUAUGGCGUGACCCCAUCUUCAACCCGGGGGUGCUGAAGCCAGGGCACCUCGCGCGAAUCUCCGUACUCUGGGUAUUAGACCUGCUCGUAGUCGAAAUCAGGUAUGAGCCCGUUGGAUUUGCUCAGGGUCGGCUUAGUCUUGCUCAGCCGCUACUGUGUUUUAGCGUGUAA